AUGCGCGUUCCACGUGUGCUACGGCAGCUCAAACACCGAAAGCCACUGUUGGGUGAGCUGAUCGUAAAGCUGCUGUUCGUGUUAUGCUGCGGUCUCAUCACGGUGGUGCUGAUCAUCCACAAGUACGAGAACUUAGACAACUUCAAGCGUACGCUUUACUACCGGUACACGGAUGAUGAGGGUUUCUUUGCGCAACCUCGCAACGUGGCUGGGGAAAAGAUGGACUGGCACGAUUACGAGCUAAUGGAGGAGGACGCUGGUCGAGUUGGUCCUGGUGAACAGGGACAACCGUACAAGCUGACCAGCGCGAAGGAUAUCGCACUGAAUGGGAAGCUGUUCAAGGAGAACGGUUACUCCGCUGUGGUUAGUGAUAUGAUCGCGUUGAAUCGCUCCGUGCCGGAUAUUCGACACCCAAAUUGCCGCACUAAAGAGUAUCUCAGGGAGCUCCCAACGGUCAGCGUGAUCGUGAUCUUCUACAACGAACACUGGAGUGCGCUCCUUCGCACGGUGUAUAGCGUGCUGAAUCGAUCACCUGCUGCUCUGCUGAAGGAGAUCAUACUGGUGAAUGAUCACAGCACGAAACCCUUUCUUUGGCGUCCUCUAAGAGAGUUCGUUGAGUCGGAACUAGCACCCAAGGUUCGGUUGGUAGACCUUCCCGAGCGAUCGGGGUUGAUCUUGGCUCGAAUGGCUGGUGCUCGAGAGGCUAGAGGUGAUGUGUUGAUCGUGCUGGAUUCCCACACAGAAGUUAAUGCCAAUUGGCUGCCACCGUUACUGGAACCCAUCGCCGAGGAUUAUCGUACGUGUGUGUGCCCCUUUAUUGAUGUGAUCGCGCACGAUACGUUCCAGUACCGUGCGCAGGACGAGGGUAAACGUGGUGCCUUCGAUUGGAAGUUCUACUAUAAACGAUUGCCACUGUUGCCGGGCGAUUUGGAUGAUCCGACAAAACCCUUCAAUAGCCCGGUCAUGGCAGGUGGAUUGUUUGCGAUCAGCGCCAAGUUCUUCUGGGAACUCGGUGGUUACGAUGAAGGACUCGACAUCUGGGGUGGUGAACAGUACGAGUUGAGCUUCAAAAUCUGGCAGUGUGGUGGCCGGAUGGUGGAUGCGCCUUGUUCGCGUGUUGGGCACGUGUACCGGGGUUACGCACCUUUUGGUAACCCACGUGGCGUUAAUUUUGUGGUGCGUAACUUCAAACGUGUCGCGGAAGUUUGGAUGGAUGAGUACAGCCAGUUCUUGUACGAACGAAACCCACAAUUUGCCAAAACGGACCCAGGGGAUUUAACGAGCCAGCGUGAGCUGCGAGCUCGUUUGCAAUGUAAACCAUUCCGUUGGUUCCUGGAGGAAGUUGCACCGGAUUUAUUGGUGCGCUAUCCACCGCGUGAACCGCAACCAUUUGCGUCUGGUCGAUUGCAGAGUGUGGCUGAUCCGAAACUGUGUUUGGACUCGCUCAAUCAUCAGGCGAAAGAACCGAUUGGGUUGUACGCAUGUGCCUCGAACAAAACCCAUCCUCAGAGCAAUCAAUUCUUCACGCUCACGUACUACAGGGAUAUUCGCGUGCGCAGCAAUGACAAGUGCCUCGAUGCGGCUCGGAUGGACGACGAAAUCGUGCUGUUUAAUUGCCACGAGUCGCAGGGUAAUCAGAUGUGGCGGUACGAUUACGAAUCGAGACAGAUCAUCCACGGGAAGGAACACCUGGGGCAGUGUCUCGAGGCAGAUCUCGCCAGCCGGAAGGUGUUCGUUAGAAGCUGUGAUAGCGACAAGCGAACCCAGCAAUGGGACUGGGGGUACAUUCAUUUCGUGCACCUACAGAAUUGGGACGUGUACGGGGCAAAGUUUCUGAAAUGAAGGCAUCCAAACGAACGAUAACGCCCGUGUGCCUUUGCUGCUGAUAGCCCGUGUGCCAAAUGGGGUUGGCGAUUUGUGAUUUAUUUUAGCUUAUCGUUUCGCAACGAUCUCAACCGGUGUUGGUUUCAAGAGACUGCCUUAGUGUACCCGAGUGCGUGAGUGUGUGUGAUUAUGCGUGUGAUGUGCGUAAAGGUGAAUAUUUGCCGCGAGGAGAUAGCAAAUUGGUUUGUAAUUAGUCAAUCAACUAAAAUAAGUGUUAUUUUACAGCAAAUUAAAGCUUAUCAACUUUUAAAACCAGGAUAGGACGA